CUUGUAUAUAUAUAGUCAUAAUAGUCUCUAUGCCACCAAUUAAGUUAACUGUUUAAUUCUAAGAAAUUCACAUCAUGGUUGCAUUCUGUUCUUCUCAAUUCAAAUACUCAACCAUGGGAUGGCUACAAGAGUUAGAACCUGCACAGUCCUUAAAUAUUAGCCAUAAGGAGAAGACCUAUGCAAAUAAUUUAGAGUACUCUUUACCUCAAUAUCAUCAAUUCUCUUCACUUAAGCAACAACAAGUUGAGAUUGAAACGCCACCACCAUCCCCUAAGCUUAUGGUGAAGAAGCUUAACCACAAUGCUAGUGAACGUGAUCGCCGCAAAAAGAUCAAUAGCUUGAUUUCUUCGCUUCGUUCACUUCUUCCCGAUCAAGAUCAAACGAAAAAAAUGAGCAUUCCGGUAACAAUAUCAAGAGUCUUAAAAUACAUACCGGAAUUACAAAAGCAGGUUGAAGGAUUAACUAAGAAAAAAGAAGAGCUUCUAUCAAGAAUUUCUAGGCAAGAAUAUGAAGCGAACAAAGAAUCACAAAAGAAAAUAAUUCCCAAUUACAAUUCUUCUUUUGUGGUUUCAACAAGUAGGCUUAAUGAUAGUGAGCUUGCCGUUCAUAUUUCAUCUUAUGAGGCUCAUAAGAUUCAAUUAUCAGAGAUCAUGUUGUGCUUAGAAAAUAAUGGACUUGUUCUACUAAGUUCUUCUUGUUCUAAAACAUUUGGAGGGAGACUCUUUUACAACUUGCAUUUUCAGGUGGGGAAUGCUCAAAGUUUAGAGUGUGAUGUUCUAAUUCAGAAGCUUUUGCCAAUAUAUGAAAAGCAGCAAUGUAACCAAUUUAGUGUUGGAAGAUAAAGAUCAAAUUAGUGUAGAAGUUUGUACAUAUUUUGGUAACACGGAUGAUUGAAAACUACGACGCAUGCUCCUCAUUAUAUUAUUAUUAUGGUGAAAAGAUCAAGUAGGAAGAAGAUGAAUGUAUUAUAGGAGCAGUGUUGUACUUUUACUAGGAGUUGAUUUAAGUUGCAUUAGUAUAAUUGUUUUUUAUAAAGAGCAUUAGCAAUAGCAUAAUAGUUACUCCACCUAGCCAAACAAAUUCUAUGUUCUUUUAUGACAAAGAGAAGCCAAA